AUGUCUAUCAGAACGUUGUUGUUGUUCGGUCGUGGCGGCCGCUCGUCGAGCGCUGGCCUGACGAGAAGUAUCAACGCUGAAAUUCCAAUCAUUGAGGACCCCUAUGAUUGUGGCUAUGAUAUCGUCGAAGGUGGGGCUACGUAUACUUCGGAUCAGAAGAAUGGACGAGGCGUACGUAGUUCUGCUCCGCGUUCUGUUGAGCUCUACGCCAUGGAUGAAGUCGAUGGUACCACCAUCAUCGCUCCUACGUUGUCGCCGAUUAUUUGA